AUGACCAGCUCAUUUCUCUUCAGUAGAAACAACUAUCGACAAGAGAAGAAACUUGAUGUCAUUCAAAUCUACUUUUUCAUUGGUAGAGAUCUUUCACUCAUGGGAUUAGCAGCAGAGAUUAAAAAGAAGCAGCAGCAAACAGAUCCAAGGCAUCCAUUGUUUGGAACUCAUGUUCUUCCAUCACAACUCCUUAUAAUAAUAUUUACCAGUGGUAAAGAUGAAAUUGGGUUGAUUGUACUUGGUUCUGACAAGACACAGACUCCACUUGAUUACCCAAAUGUGAGUGUGGAAUUUCCUCUUGCACUGCCUACAUGGCAGAUGAUAUCCUUUGUGGAGAAAUCUUUACAUGAAAGAGAAAUAAAAACAGAUUGGAUAGAUGGUGUUGUUGUUGGCAUGCAAGUCUUGAAAGAUGAGCUAGAUAACAGUGACAUAAUAGCAAAUUGGACUAAAAUAAAAGAUCUCGAAAGUGUCUUAAUGACAACCGAUGGCCUCAUAUUGACAAGACAGCUGGUUGCCUUGCAGAGGGCGGGGCUUGAUGGUCUGAACAUCAGCUUAGACACCCUGCAGUCCCAACGCUACAACCAGAUCACGAGGAGGAAAGGCUGGGAGCGUGUCAUGGCUGUCAUAGAUCUAGCCUUGCAACUUGAAUACGACCCUGUGAAGAUAAAUUGUGUUGUAAUGCGAGGUUUUAAUGAAGAUGAAGUGUGCAGUUUUGUGGAGUUAACAAAAGAGAAAAAUGUUGAUGUAAGAUUUAUCGAGUACAUGCCUUCCAGCGGCAACAAAUGGAAUGAUGGGAAGAUGGUCUCAUUUAGUGAAAUGCUCCAAAUAAUUAGAAAGCAGUGGCCUGAUUUUGAUCCUCUUCCCAAUGGGCCCAAUGAUACCUCAAAGGCAUACCAUGUCCCAGGCUUCAAGGGACGUGUGGGAUUUAUUACCUCAAUGAGUGAACACUUCUGUGGCACGUGCAACCGUUUACCGAUAACAGCUGAUGGCAAUUUGAAGGUGUGUCUCUUUGGGAAUUCAGAGAUAUCUCUCAGAGAUGCAAUACGAAGCAAAUGCAGUGAGGAUGACUUGCUUGCCAUGAUUGGGGCAGCAGUGAGAAGAAAGAAGAAACAACAUGGAGGCAUGCUGAACCUGUCAAAGAUGAAGAAUCGGCCAAUGAUUCUUAUUGGAGGAUAA